AAGCCAGCGAUUCAAGGGAAUGGGUCACAUGACUGAGCCUGGGGCGGGUUCUGUGCGCACGACGCGGGAAGUGAGCAGCGGGAGCGCGCGCUGAGCCUCGUUCCUCACCUGUCUCUCCUUCACAUAGGUUUAAACCUGAAGCAUGAAGCGUCCUGUAGUGCUGUCACUGUCCAUCUGCUGUUUGUUCAAUUGCACACUGAAAGGUGAAACCUCUGUGACACUAAAGACACCCGCACAUGUUGACUUGCAAGUUGGUGAUCUUCAAAACAUCAGUGUUGUUCCAAGUGCACGCUUGCAGGAGACUCUAAUUGUCACGUUUAAUGUUACAUUCUCAUCGAAGCAGACUUCAGUUGUCGAACUGCCUGAAUAUAUUAUAUUACCUCCUCACUCAGCAAAUUCAACAGUUUUACCAGUCAGAGGAGUUGAAGUUGGUCAGACCACUGUGAAUCUUCAAAACAACCGCACCAGCAAUGUGACCAGAACCCUGGCAAGAAUUCAUUUCCUGGUGGUGCGGAGUAACGCCCUGAGAAUCAUAUGUCAGGUGAUUGGUUGGGUUUACUUCUUUGCUUGGUCUAUAUCCUUCUACCCUCAAGUGAUCGAAAACUGGCGACGUAAAAGUGUGGUUGGUUUGAAUUUUGAUUUUCUGGCACUUAAUCUGACUGGUCACAUUGCAUAUGGCAUGUUUAAUGUUGGUCUCUUCUGGAUUCCAUAUAUUAAGGAACAGUUCCUGGAGUACAACCCAACUGGGGUGAACCCUGUGCAAGGCAGUGAUGUCUUCUUCAGUAUCCAUGCAGUCCUGCUAACAACGCUUACAAUCUGCCAGUGUUGUUUUUAUGAGCGAGGAGAGCAGAAAGUGUCAAAGGUUACUACUGGAUUGCUGGUGGCUGCCUGGCUUUUUGCCCUUAUCACUUUGUUUGUCACUGUAGCGAAUAAACUCACAUGGCUGGAGUACCUCUACUAUUUUUCCUACAUCAAACUUGUAAUAACAGUGAUCAAAUAUGUGCCCCAGGCCUAUAUGAAUUGUCGAAGGAAGAGCACCAUCGGUUGGUCAAUUGGGAAUGUGCUGCUAGAUUUCACUGGAGGAAGUUUCAGCAUUGUGCAGAUGUUCUUGCAGUCUUAUAACAAUGAUGAAUGGUUGCUGAUUUUUGGAGACCCAACAAAGUUUGGCCUUGGAUUGUUCUCUGUUUUAUUUGAUAUUUUCUUCAUGAUACAGCAUUAUUGUUUGUACAGACAGAAGUCUGACUACAGGCUAAUGGACACAUAAUUAAUAUUUCUGCACAACACAUCAAAACUCUGAAAACUAUUCAUGGGGAAUUUCUAACAAGCACAUCAUGUGAGAUUAUCGAAAGCAGUUGUGCUUGAAAGAACAGUAACUGCGUCAUUCUGUACAACCAAGGUGCUUAAAAUUGAAGGCAUGGAAUAUCCUGUUCCAAACGCACACAUUGAAGACUUCCACUCUUAGAAAGCUUCAGUUUCUCCACUAGAAGUGGUUGCUUUUCAUUCCAACAAUUUUCUACUGCAUCACUCCCAGGUCGAGCCCAGGAUUCAUCACUGAUUCACGAGAGGCCAAAUCCCCAUCCUCAGUUGGCACCUGCAGCCUUAUCCAUAGUGGGAGGUAUGCAAAUGAUUAAAAAUUUGUCCUAAGCCCAUAAAAUGUGGGAGAACAUUUUUAAAACAUAAACAUAAUCUAUUUAUAGAAUAAGUAAGCCCUCUUUGGAGGCUCUAAUGAUAGGUUAUCAGUCUGAAACAUGAAGUCUGUUUGUCUCUCAAUAGAUGCUGUCUCAUCUGAAAAUUUCCUGCAUUUUUAUUUUGUUUAUAUUUAUUGGAGGGACUCUCUCCCUCUUCACCACCUCCUCAACUUGUGAUGUUCAUGGGGAUGGCGAGAAGGGAUCUAGGGUUGAAUGUGCUGAUUUCUCAUUCAUGGGAUCAUCAAGUUGUUAUAGCACAUGGCCAUUCAACCUAUUCUGUCUGUGCUGAGCCUAUAAAUGAGUAAUUCACUACUAUUUUUCCCAUCGCCCUGUUUUUUUUCCCCUUCUCAGUUAAUUAUCCAAUUUCCUUUAUAAAAGCCUCAAUUGGCCCUGCCUCCACAGAGUGCAUAGACAUGGCCUUCCAGAACUCAGUCAGUUACUGCGAGAGAAACAAUUCCUAAUGCCCCCUUACGUUUUGAUAAUUGCCUUUAACUUUGGACCUUCUGGUGCUUAUAUUAAAUUUUUUUUUUAAAAAGCUGCAGAUGCUAGAGUUUGGAAAUAAACAAAAACAAACUGUUGGAAAAACUCUGUAGGUCUGGCAGCAACUGUGGAGAGAAAGCAGGAGUUAGUGUUUUGAGUCCGGUGACCCUACCACAGAACUGUUAGCUAGCAAAAGGUAGUCCUCAACAUAGAAUUUAACAAUUUCAGCGCAAGAAUACCCUAUGUCUGAUAUCCACCCCAUCAACCCUAGGGUCUGUCAUGAAAUGUAUCAGAGAUAUUGGGAACUGCAGAUGCUGGAGAAUCCGAGAUA